AAUAAGGCUGUAACAUAACAAAAAGUGGAACAAGUGAAGCACUGUGAAUACUUUCCAGAUGCAAAGAUUGUUGUCGAAUUGAAAAGAUCUGAAACCGCGUCUCAAAGCUGUCACGUGAUAUGGUUCUGUCAGCGAGGCUCCUCCCCUACAUGAAGCAUGCCUUGUUACGCGUUUCGCGGAAAUGCCCCCUCCAUUACGCGACACACGCCUAUUGCAACGGCACAUCUCGUCACAUCCGCCAUGCGCGCAGCCGGGUAGCCCACUUUAGCGAGGAGGGGUAUCCGAUGACAACCUCAGCGUUGUUUCCAGGGGAGACUGAGGAGAGCCGCCAUAGGCGUCGAGACACGACACCGAGCAACGAUGGUCGCCAGGGGGCUCUGGACGUCAUUGAGUCUUGGAUCACGUCCAUGGGUAUGAACACAAUGCUGGAGCCGCACGCCGGCAUCUCACCCCUGCAGAGCGCCCCUCCCACGAGAGCAGAGGAGUUCCUGCUCAUGCCCAGUCCUCUGGUGUGCCAGCGCGCCAAGCCUUACCUCAUCACCAUGGUAACCUCCGCCCCUGCUAACCAGAGGGCACGCCAAGCCAUUAGGGACACAUGGGGCGGGGAGACCAAUGUGAGGGGCCUGAGAGUCAUGACCCUCUUCACGCUGGGUGUAACAUCUGACCCGGGACUGGCCAAGCUGCUAAUAGAGGAGGCCAGGGAGCGAGGAGACCUGGUUCAGGGGCGUUUCCUGGACACCUACUCCAAUCUGACCCUGAAGACCGUAUCCAUGCUGAGCUGGGUCCGCCGCUUUUGCGCCCAAGCGCAUUUUCUGGCCAAAGUGGACGACGACGUCCUGUUCAAUCCCAGCGCGCUGCUGCGCCUCCUGAACAAAAGCCACAGCCCCUACGAACAAGUGGACUUGUACCUCGGUAGGGUGCAUCUCCACGUGGCUCCAGACCGCAACCCGGACAGCAAGCAUUACCUCUCUAAAGGGGCAUACCCACACUCGGUUUUUCCAGACUAUUGCAGCGGGACGGCCUAUGUCCUCUCCCGCUCUGCGUUGCUCAAAAUAUCAUUGGCUGCCACCGCGUCACCUCUAUCGACACCUCUUCCCCCUGAAGAUGUGUUUGUGGGUCUGUGUGCCCGUGCAGCAGGGAUACUGCCCACGCACUGCCCACUGUUCUCUGGUGGUCCCAGUGUGCCCUAUGGACGUUGCUGUUAUCAGGCUAUGGUGUCUGUGCACCACGUCCCACCCAGAGAUAUGCUGCACUUCUGGGCUGACAGCCACUCUUCACCGCCCUGCCCUUGGCUGAGCAUGCGAGCGUCACUGUGCCUGUGCAAAGUCAGGGCCCUGCUGGGCUCGGCUCUCGGUCUGGCGUGAGUAAGACUCACUACCAGAGUACUAACAGCACACACUAUUCAGAAGGUGAAAAGGAUGUCUAUUUUUUUUUAAGAAAAAAACUUUUAGGCACACACGCCACUUUGUAGAAAAGGGACCCACUACUGGAAGCUUGGGAAUGUAAUUCCAGCAUCCUUCACCAUUGCACUGGCACACAAUAUUUCUGCAUGUUUUAAUCCAAGCAGCCAUUGAAAUGUGAAUACUUAUGACUGGACAGCAAUGAUUACCUUGUAGUACCUUGACAUUCUAACUAGUGCAGGGGUCAUCGACCUGUAAAUCUUUGGGACUUUACUGGUAGAUCCUGAAAAUAUUAGGGAAAAUAAAUGCAUUAUGACAUCAGUGCCCUCCCCUCCAGAAGAGUGACCAACAGACCUACCAGCAGGUACGCAUUUUAACCCCGGAACACGCCAGCACGCCUUGCCAACCCUGAGCACAUACUUGUUGACCUAUUGUGGAUACAAAAUGUAGCACUGACAUGUGAAGAGGCACAUGAUACAUUUAAUUUUAAAAAAGGGCCUGUUUUUAUUGUCAGAAUGUCAUACAAUAUUUUUUUUUUUAUGUUUUACUUGAAUGCAUGUAAUUUAUUUACUCAAAACGUGGAAAUAGUUUUAUCUAUAGUCCCAUCUGGGUGUAUUUUAAAGUACAGUCUUUGCACUGACAGAUGCAGUGACCUGAUCACUGACUAUGACCAUUCGCAGUUAAGGUAAUCAAAAGAAAUUGGUUGAUUUAUCUGCGAAUAUACAUGAUUAAUGCAAUCAUUUCUUGUGCGUAAUCACAAGUUGAAAUGUUAAUUUUGACAAGUCCUAAUACAUGCAUACAUAUGUUUGGUGACCACUGAACUAGAGGGAACAUUUGUGCAACUUUCGACAAAUGACAUGUACAAAUAAUAACUGGUAGGAAAACGCUAUUGACAUGUCACAUAAUAGUUAUACCAGACCAGAAAAAAUCAAAAGCACACAAUAUUAAGAUAUUUGGCUUUGUAUGCUGCGCAAUAUAAUUAUUACUACAGUAUUUACACCCCUGUAGGCUGCAUGCCUUCACAUUUGUAACACAUGUACUAUAAUAGUAGACUUUUAAAGCACUUGUAGUCAAUUAGUUUUUCAAUAACAAUGUUUCUUGGACGAGCAACAUGUGUAUAUACAGUACAUGUAACUACUGUGAUUAAAUGUUUUGAGUGCAAGUUGUAUUGAUUACAUGCAAGUAUUGUACUUUUCAUCAAAUGCCAAGUUCAAAGCAAAUCUGUCACUUCAGAAGCAGUAAUAUACCCUUAAAAGGUAUGCAUAAACACUUAACCCUAUUGUGUUCAUAAUGUGUUUUAUUGCAAGAAUAAACUGAAGCCAGCAUUGUGUUGACGCAGGAUUAACAAAUGUAAUUUAACCUCAGCUGCUUUGCUACAUAACAAAUAGAGCAGUGUUUAGACUCAGGAAACGUAUGGAAUGCCGUCAGUCAAUAAAGUUUUAUCUUUUCUUGUU